AUGGCCUCUUCUGAGAGAGACACCCAUGAGAACCGGACUGUCAUCCAAGAGUUCAUUCUGGUUGGCUUUUCAUAUCUUGCUGAGAUGCAGAGCCUUGUUUUCCUCCUGUUUCUAGCGACUUACAUUGUGACCUUACUGGGAAACUUCCUAAUCAUCCUCUUGAUAAAGCUCAGUCCCAGCCUUCACACCCCCAUGUAUUUUUUCCUGGUAAACUUGUCCUUCUUGGACAUUUGUUUCACAACCAGUGUGGUUCCCCAAAUGCUGGUUCACCUCUUGGUGAAGCAUAAAAGCAUCUCCAUUGCAGGCUGUGCAGCUCAGUUGUAUGCCUAUGCCAUCGUAGGCGUUACUGAAUGCUGCCUCCUAGCAUCCAUGGCUUAUGACCGCUAUGUUGCCAUAUGCCACCCCUUACACUAUACUACCAUUAUGAGUGGUCGGAAAUGUGUGAGCCUAGCAGCUGCCUCAUGGAUCACCAGCAUCUCAGUGCAGCUGAUUCAGAUCACAUGGAUCUUCACCAUGCCUUUUUGUGGGUCCAACCUCAUUGACCACUUCUUUUGUGAUUUUGCACCACUGGCAAAAUUGGCAUGCGCAGACACUUCCAAGAAUGAGAUUCUUAUUAUGGUUGUGACAGUGCUGUUCAUUAUGGGCCCUUUCUUGCUAAUAAUCCUGUCUUACAUCAACAUUAUGUGCACCAUUUUCAAACUGCCUUCAGCUGAGGGGAGAAGAAAGGCCUUCUCCACCUGUUCUUCACACCUUAUGGUG